AUGAAGUAUUUGGAGGAACCCCAAUUGUCGUGGCUUAACUCUGUCCUUGGGAGCUACGAGAUUGGUGACCGUGUACUUAAUGGUAAAUUGGAGACAUAUUCAUGCAAGAAAGCAGGUAGUGACAAGCGUUUGGCCAAAAGUCUGGAGCUUUAUUACCAGCAGGAGAUCGAGGCUUCAGCCACUGAUCUCUUGGGCUCGUCCCCAUUGGGACCUCUCGCUGCCCCUGCUACACGCAAAUUGCUUAUCAAUCUCAUCUCGACAAUGAAUGCGAGUUUUCCAGACUAUGAUUUUAGUACUGUUAAGCCUGAACAAUUCCGAAAAGAAUUGGAUUUUCGGAUAGCGCUGCAGUGCAUUAAUCAUGAUUUGGCUGAAUUACUGGAAGCUGAGGGCAAUGGUUUUGUUGAAAAGAUGUGGGAGGACAUAGCUGAGGCUAUUAAACUCGACGAGUGUGAUGUGUACAGCUACAUUCCUGAUAUGGACUCGGACCCUUUUUCAGAUGGCAAUUUAUGGUCGUUCAACUACUUUUUCUACAACAAAGUGCAGAAGAAAGUGCUUUAUUUUACGUGCAUUUGCAAGGGAUUGACCUAUGAUACUGAUACUGACGAUGAAACAAUGGAGGAACCUACUGCUAUGGACGACGACGGAGAAGAUGUUAUGGAGGACUACUUUGGCAUGUCACCGGAUUGGCUGGACACGCAGUCGGAAGAAACGGCACAGUCAUCGUGCUCCACAGCUGCUGCUGCUUUUCAACGUUCUACUGUAUUAUUGAAUAAUGUAUGCUUCAUUUUGCACUGGAAUGAUAUUCGCGUGAUUGUUCGUAGCGUAGACAAGAAAUGCGGCGUUGAGACAACGUUGUAG